AUGCCGGGCUCUCCAGCCUCGUCCUGGGCCGUCUAUCGCGCCCGCCUGAAAGCUGUCUUCCAUGGCGCAGAUCCGCGAGUGUGCGCCGCCUUCUGGUUAUUUGGACUCAUCAACAAUGUCCUCUACGUCAUUAUUCUCUCCUCUGCCCUCGACCUCGUAGGUCCCAACGUGCCCAAAGGCGUCGUGCUGCUUGCCGAUGUCAUACCCUCUUUCCUGACCAAGCUGUGUGCGCCCUACUUCAUACACAAGAUCCCAUACCAUGUCCGAAUUCUCCUCUUCGUCACCCUGUCGGCGUGCGGCAUGCUCAUCAUCGCCCUCACCCCGCCGUUGCAGGACUCGAAGACCAUAGCGAUAAAGAUGUGCGGUGUCAUGCUGGCGAGCUUGAGCAGUGGAGGUGGUGAACUAAGCUUUCUGGGCCUCACGCACUACUAUGGACACUUUGCGCUUGCUGCUUGGGGAUCUGGGACAGGCGGGGCUGGCUUGAUCGGAGCUGGAGCGUAUGCGAUUGCAACGAAUACGCUCCAGAUAAGCCCUCGAACAAGCUUGCUCGCCUUUUCCUUCCUCCCGCUCAUCAUGGUGCUCAGCUUCUUCAUGAUUCUACCGCUUGGGCCAUUGCGCGCUGGAGCAGCAAAGCAUGGUGAAUACGAGGCUAUAGGAAGCGAGGAAGAUGAGCACGUGGAUGAUGAAGCUAGCCACGAAAGAGAGCACGAGGGACUCGCAUCUUCCAGUACUGCCUCGACAAACAGCAAAAGUGUCACCGGAGCAGUGAACAAUUUCAGCGCCAACCUGCACCGCGCCCGUGGGCUUUUCUUCCCAUACAUGCUCCCGCUAUUGCUAGUUUACAUUGCCGAGUACACAAUCAACCAAGGUGUUGCUCCAACGCUUCUAUUCCCCCUCUCUUCCUCACCCUUUAGCGAGUUCCGCUCAUUUUACAGCACCUAUAACGCAAUCUACCAAGUCGGCGUCUUCAUAUCGCGCUCUUCGACACCCUUUAUUCGUAUCCACCACCUCUACUUCCCCUCUUUCCUGCAAGUCGUCAACCUUAUUCUGCUCACACUCCAUGCAAUGUUCGACUUUAUCCCCUCCUAUUACAUCAUCUGUGUGGUUAUAUUCUGGGAAGGUCUGCUGGGAGGGCUGGUAUAUGUCAGUACCUUCGCAGAGAUUACGGACAACGUACCCAAAGAAGACCGAGAGUUCAGUCUUGGCGCAACGAGUGUGAGUGAUUCAGGAGGCAUUUGCGUGGCGGGGUUUCUGAGCAUGGCUGUGGAAGUUAGCUUGUGCAAGUGGCAGGUCGACCAUGGGAGGAAUUAUUGCAAAAUGCAAUAA